AAGAAGUUGAAGGGGCAAAUAUUAGGUUUUCCCUCUCUUUUGAUUAGCUUCUUAGCGCAGUUCUGUUCGACUCACCAUAUCCUAAAGCUGCGAGGAAAUGCUAUCGGCAAUGCAACAUCCACUCUUAUUCUCCCGCUUUCCUCGCCACAUCUCUUCCUCCUUCGCUAAAUCUCGCCCUCUCCACAUACUCUCCUCCGCCCAACCCACCGCCGGUCUAUCCGUCGCCGACCAAUCCCCACCCUCCAACUCACAAAUCCUCUCCAUCCGCCACUCCCUCCUAUCCGGCCACUUUACUGCAACUCAACUUGCCGAGUCCUAUCUCAACCGCCUUAAGCUAACUGAGCCCCAACUCAACUCAUUCCUCCAUAUCUCCAACAAUGUUUUGAAAGAGGCACAGGAGAUUGAUGACAAGAUUAAGAAAAAGGAGGAAGUAGGUCCGCUUGCUGGGGUACUUGUUGGGGUAAAAGACAACAUUUGUACUGCUGAUAUGCCCUCCACUGGAGGCUCCCGGAUUCUGGAAGGGUAUCGACCGCCAUUUGAUGCCACAGCUGUGAAAAGAGUGAAGGAGUUGGGUGGGAUUGUGGUUGGGAAGACUAACUUGGAUGAAUUUGGGAUGGGAAGUACUACUGAAGCUUCUGCCUUUAAGGUGACUGCAAACCCAUGGGAUUUGUCUCGGGUAGCCGGAGGAUCAUCAGGAGGCUCAGCAGCUGCUGUUUCUGCUAGACAAUGUGUGGUAUCACUAGGGAGUGAUACUGGUGGAAGUGUAAGGCAGCCAGCAUCAUUUUGUGAUGUUGUUGGUCUGAAACCAACAUAUGGACGAGUCUCGAGAUUUGGGCUUAUGGCUUAUGCAUCAUCCCUUGAUGCUAGUGGAUGUUUUGGUUCAUCAGUCACUGAUGCUGGGAUUCUUCUUCAUGCAAUAUCUGGUCAUGAUAGAUUUGAUGCCACAAGUAGUAAACAAGAGGUACCUGAUUAUGCUUCUCAAUUCAUUUCUGCAACAUUUCUGAAAUCCAGACCACUGGAGGGAUUGAGGGUUGGUCUGAUCCGUGAAACCAUAGAUGAGGGUGUUGACUCUGGAGUAAAAUCAGUUAUCCAUGGUGCUGCAUCUCAUCUAGAACAAUUAGGAUGCAUGGUGACAGAGGUGUCCCUACCAUCGUUCUCCCUUGGAUUACCAGCUUACUACAUUCUUGCCUCAUCUGAGUCAUCUUCUAACUUGUCACGUUAUGAUGGUGUCAGGUACGGAAACCAAGUUUCUGCUGAUGAGCUAAAUUCACUCUAUGAAGAUUCCCGAGCCAAAGGUUUUGGUCCUGAGGUCAAAAUGAGAAUAUUAAUGGGAACAUAUGCCCUUUCAGCUGGUUACUAUGAUGCCUAUUACAAGCGUGCCCAACAGGUAAGGACCCUAAUUUGGGAAAGCUUCAAGGCAGCUCUGGAUGAAAAUGACAUUCUGAUUUCACCGGCAGCUCCAUCUGCUGCUUAUAAGAUUGGUAUGAUGCUUACAUCCUCUGUUAUCUUUUUCUUUUUCCUUUUGUCUUUAUCUUUCUUGUGACUUUCGUGGUAAGGGUGAUUGAAAGAAUUCUGGGAUGUGGUAUAAAUAGCUUUGUUUGAUAAGAAUUUUCUUAUUUGUAAGCCAAGGGGCUAAAAACCAUAAGCAAGAAGGUUUUGUGAUCAGGUGAUUGACAUUUACCCUAAAACUCUAGUUUUCAUCGAAACUAGUCCUCUGAAGUCUUCUCUGCGGAGCUACCAAUCUGUACUCCAUGGUGGGUUUGGGGGAGAAAGAGUGGGUAGGGUUUUCCAUUAAUUGUCAUCUUUUACUUUAAUCAAUCAAAUAGCAUACAGAUUGGGUUAUUUUUUGGUAGAUGACAUUAAACAAUUUAUUCUGAUGGUCACAGGUGAAAAGACAAAUGAUCCACUGGCAAUGUAUGCUGGAGACAUUAUGACUGUAAGCAUAUUCAGCUGCUUUGGUUGUUUUGUUUUCUAGUCUUCUCCUCCCAGUUUAUGCUACAUCACAAAAUAUACCAAGACAUUUGGUUACAAUAAUGAACAUGUUUUCUACCA